AUGAGUGGGCCUGCAUUAGGAGUUCCAAAAUCUGUAUUCAAUACAAUCGCUCCUCUCGCAAACUCUUCAAUUGGAAGAGUAAGGUUAUCAGUUGGGACUUCUCCUAUCACUGGACUAAUGCAAGAUCGAUACCAACAAUUAAUGCAUGAAUUUAACGAAAUUGAUAAAGACGGUGACAAGCAGCUAACCUUCAACGAAAUUUUUGAAUUUUUAUCCAAGCGGCAAGGCUCUGAUUUUGAUGAAAACUUAUGCUACGAACUGUUUGCCAAAAUGGACAAAAAUAAUGACUCAAUUGUCACAACCCAAGAAUUUUUAUGGUCCUAUGUAGAUGCUGAGGAUAUUAUUAUGAAGAGGAUCAAAGAAUUGAAAAAGCAAAUCCAGGAUAAAGCUAAGCAAAUGGAAGAAUGCAAGAAAAAGAUGGUCCAAGCAAGGGCAGUUGAGCAGAUGAACCAGCAUGGAAUUAUGAUAGGAAGUAUUCUUACUGUAAAUGUGAUAGCUGGGCAAGAUCUAAUACCAAUGGACACUAACGGAGCAUCAGACCCUUAUGUGAUUUUAGAAUGCGAUGGGUCGUCAGCACAGACAAGAUACAUUGAAGCAGAACUGAACCCUAAGUGGGACGAAGAGUUUACAUUUAAUAUCCAGCGGCCUGAUUCUGAGCUCAAAAUCACCGUUAUGGAUCACGAUACUAUUGGUAAAGAUGACUUUGAAGGAGAAGUUACAAUUCCAUUAAGUUUGCUAAAGGAUCAGAUGAAGCACGACCAAUUUUUCCAGCUUCAUGAUAAAAACCCAAAAGACAAAUGGCAGGGAAGGGUGCAUUUAGGACUUCAGUGAAUUUGGAGCAAAGCGAGGUAUCUAGAAGACUUAGUAAAUCAAUGGACUGAGCAUAUUGCCAUGGAUAAGGAAGAAAUAGCAAGUCUUGAAGAGCAACUUGAAAAACUUAGAAAGCCCUUUGGAAAUUUACUGAAUGCGAAUGACUGAAUCAUGUCUCCAGGCGAAAGCAGACCACAAUCUCCAAAUAUUGAAGCAGUAAUUGGAGGAAAAGUUACAGAACAGGUAGAUAAAAUAACUGGCGGGCUGAUAGGGAAAAUUGCAGAGCAAAGUCAUGCAGUAAUCAUAGCAGUUUCUAUCUAUUUGCUUAUAAGUAUAUGGGUUUCAUUUAUUAGGCCUGAUUUUUUGAAUUUAACGAUUGGACUUGCAGCUGCUUAUUAUUGGCUAGUUUUUGAAGAAAGUUCAGAUAGAUAUAGAAAGCUGGGAAUUGCAGUGGCUGCAUCAGAAUUUUUCGAUUUAAUGUGGCUCUGGACACACUCCCAUUGGCCGUCAUCUGAAGACCCCGACUCCAGUAUGAAGCAUUGGGCCGUUUACUUGACUUGGCUUGAAAUUUUGGUAAAGAUUCCUCUAUGUCUCAUAUUCUUCAAGAAAUCAUUAUAG